UUAAAGUCUCCAUAGGUAGAAACAUAACCACAUGAUGCAUAAAAAAAAGGAAAAAUGCAAAUAGUUUAUCAAAAAAAAAUAGAAAGGUCAAGAGAGCAAAGCUUAAUGCUGUAAACAAGCAGAGCGCUUAAGGACUGCAGAGAGAGAUCAUCUAGUACAGUGAAAAGAUUGGAAAUGGCUGAAUCGGUUCUGCGGAUCCUCUUGCAAAAAAUUAGUGAACCACUUGUACAGGAAGCGAUCCAUCUCUACGGAAUUCCCGAUAAAGUUGUACGGCUGACAAAUGAAUUGGAGAGGAUGCAUGCCUUCCUCAAGCAUGCGGAGAAAAUAGUAGCAGCAGAUGAUGACAUGACAAAAGUUUUGGUGAGGCAGAUAAGAGAUCUAGCCUAUGAGGCUGAGGAUGCGAUCGACGCAUUCCUUGAUCAAGCUGCACGACGAAAGAGAAGAGGAUUCAUUGGUUGUUUGAGUAAUUCUGUCGUCUUUCUUGGGCAGUUAUGGGGUCGGCACCAGGUCGGAGUGAAGAUUGAAGUAAUAAACACGAAGCUUGAUGAUAUCUCGAAGAGGAGUUCCCUCUAUGAUUUGCCACAAGGCAGCACCUGGGAGGAAGCAACCAGUUGUAGAGUCAAGAGGUUAAGGGAGAUGAGGAAAACAUCACCUCUACAAGUGGAGCGAGAUUUAGUGGGGAUUGAGGAAGAGAUGAGUUCUUUAGAGCGAUCGUUGCUGGUAGGAGGUGACCGGCGCUGCAAGGUUUUUGUGGUCGGUAUGGGUGGCGUUGGUAAGACGACUCUUGUCAAGAAAGUCUAUAAUAGAGGUAAUGUAAAGGCACUCUUCGAAUAUUCGGAUUGGGUCUGUGUGUCUCAAACUUAUAGUGUGAGUGAGAUACUUCGUGGCAUAAUCAAUAGGGUUGGGGUGUUAUCAUUAGGCAAAAACAGGCUUGUGGCGUCACCCGAGGGCUUACAAGAUAUGAAUGAACCAAGAAUGAAGGAGGUUCUCCAUAGUCAUUUGGGCGCAUUGAGGUACUUAAUAGUCUUGGAUGAUAUAUGGGAUAUCCAUGCCUGGGUUUCUAUAAGAGAUGCACUGCCUGAUGUGAACAAUGGCAGUAGAAUUUUAAUAACAACUCGAAACAUGGGCUUGGCUGAGAUGGUGGAUGGGAGCACAAUCCAUCAUCUCCAACCACUGCCAAAAGAAGAGAGUUGGGAGUUGUUCUGCAAAAAGGCUUUCUUGCAUAGUGAUGGAAGAUGUCCUGAGUAUUUAAAAGACAUUAGCCAUGGCAUCAUUAGAAAAUGCGGUGGUUUACCCUUGGCGCUUGUUGUUGUUGGAGGUCUUCUGUCCACAAAAGUCAUGUCAAGUGAAACAAUGACCGCAUUGGCAUGGAGGAAAGUGCUUGAGGGCUUCAGCCGGUAUCAGGAUAAAGGUGAGGUCAAAAUCUCUAUGAUAUUAUCAUUAAGUUAUUUCGAUUUGCCCUACUACCUUAAACCAUGUUUCCUAUAUUUAUCUGCUUACCCUGAAGAUUUCAAGAUUAGAAGAACAACAUUAAUACAAUUAUGGGUGUCUGAAGGAUUUAUUGAAAAGGAAGAUAAUGAGAUAUUGGAAGAUGUGGCAGACGACUAUCUUGAAGAAUUGGUAAAUCGGAAUAUGAUACAGGUGGAAAGUGUAAGUUUGAAUGGACGCAUUAAAUCAUGUGUUGUGCAUGAUCUUUUGCAUGACUUAUCUCUAGCAAUAGCCAAGGAGCAGAACUUCUUGGGGGUUGUUGCAGGUAGAGGUAAUAUGCCCUCUCAAAGGGUUCGACGUCUUGCCUUCCAUGAUGAUGUUGAUGAUGAUCUCUCAUCCCAUAAAGCUCCUUCUAAAAUCCGUUCGUUCUUCUUAUAUGACACCUUUUCAUAUAAGGACUUCACCAUGGUUCCCAAAUAUUGUUUGUUCAAUGGUAAGCUUAUUCGGGUACUGGUGCUUGAGAAUGUCAGGAUGGAAUACUCACCAAAAGGACUCGGAAAUUUAACUCAUUUGAGUUACUUGAGUUUUCGAGGAAGCGAGGUUGCUGGAGAGUUUCUGCAAUCUAUAAGAAAGCUUGAACAUUUAGAAAUGCUUGAUUUGAGAGUUAAAAGCCUUAUUCCUUGCAAGACCAGGAAUGGCUUGAUUUCAUGUAGGCCCUUGCCAAGUUUGAGGCACUUGUAUGCAAGCUGGGACAUUCUGGAAAACCAACCGAUCCAUUUGAACGGAGAGAGUUCGAGAUGCCUACAGACAUUGUGGAUACAGGGGGGGGGCAGCAGGUGGAUACGAGAAUCAUUAGGGGGUUUCUCCCAACUCAGGAAGCUACGAAUUGAGGGGAUGGAUGAAAAAGACAUUGAAACUGUGUACCAAUCCAUUGGAAAACUAAAAUGCCUUCGUUCUCUGACUCUUAAGGCUGACGGAUGUGCUACUCAGACACUACACAAUCUGGCAGCAGUUUCACAUGCCCCGGUGCUUCUUGAGAAAACGGAGUUAUAUGGAAAGUUAGUGAAGCUCCCAGGCUGGUUUGGCACCCUGCAAUACCUCACCAAGUUGGUUUUGGUGCAUAGUAGAUUGAAUGAAGAUGAGUUCACAAAGUUCCAAGUGUUGCCGCAGCUGACAAUUCUUUGGUUGCAGGAUCAAGCGUACAUGGGGAAGGCGAUGCAUUGCAUUGCUGGAGGCUUUCCUCGACUCGAACACUUGAAGCUCUAUAAUUUGACAAAGUUAGAGGAGUGGGAGAGAUUGGAGCAGGGAUCUAUGCCAUGCCUUCAUACUCUUGAAAUCCAGUCUUGUCCCAAGCUGAGGAUGCUUCCAGAAGGGCUGCAGCACAUUAAGGCCCUCCAACACGUGAGAUGCAUGGGAUCUGAUAAUGGAUUUAGAGGGAGAGUGUUAGAUGCUGAACCUCACCUUUGGGACAAAACCACAAGUUUUGGCAUCUAUCAUGAGUGGAAACGAGCUGCCCUUUGAUUCAUAUUUUGUAGAAUACUGCCUGGUAAAAGAGUGUAUGAUACAAUGUGUUUUGGCAUGAUAUGGCCAUUGGGUUCAUGAGAUUUCAUAAACCAGGCUUCUCAAUUU